AGAGAGAGAAAGCGGAGAGAGAGAGGGAGAGAGAGAGAGAGAAAGCGGAGAGCGAGAGAGAGAGGGAGAGAGAGACAGAGAGAUAGAGAAAGCGGAGAGCGAGAGAGAGAGGGGGAGAGAGAGAGAGAGAGAACGCGGAGAGCGAGAGAGAGAGGGAGAGAGAGAGAGAGAGAGAAUCACCUGCCAUGCUUUUCACCCACAGGGAGCGACAGGACGCAUUUCAGUCUGUUGACGCAGGAGAAGUUGCCCAUAUUCCUCCUCAGGUCUGUCCGGUUUUUAAGCCAUGGUGGUGUGGAGAAGCCGGCUUGAACAGGGAGUGUGGGAUUGAGGAGCAGAAAUGGAGGCUACCGCUUUAUCACAGGACAGUGAGAAGUUAACCUCACCCAGGCCUAGACAAAGACACAGAGUUUCACUUCACGGUCUGUGUCCUGCAGCCAGCCUGGGGAGAAACAAGGCAUCGGCUGUUGCACGCUGACCAAAGCCAAGAAAAAAGUGUGCUUUGUGAAUGCUUUCUAUUCAGACACAUCUCCUGUAGCCCUACAGAGCCUGACACCAAAGGAUACAGCUUCACUCUGGAUCAGACUGUGAACCCAGAGGGCCUUGACGAUUGGCAUGAUCUGGCAAUCCAGAAGGGUGGAGCCCUGUUUGCUUUAUUCAGCGCUUUAUAUUAACUGUUCGGGAAACCAAGAAGAUAUUUAAUCAAGGUGGAACGCACAGUCUCUUCUUGCUCCAUGGCAGGCUUGCUCUCGUCCCAUUCCCGGACAUCAGCGCCAUCCCCUCAUUUCAAGCAGCAUGUCGGAGCUAGAUGACUUCCCUCCUCCUCCUCGAGGCUUCCACCAAGCCGAUCCGUCCCGUAUUCAGCAGGACAUCCUGGAGGAGCAGGUGGAGCUGUGGUGGUUCAACGAGCCGAGGAAAUCUCUGCUGUGUUACAGCGCCUCCGUGGCCUUGGUGGUGGGCUGCGGCGUGGGUGGCGUCGGCUUGCUGUCCAGCACCACCAGCCUGUCGAGUGAGUGGCGCCUGGGCGCGGGGACGGCGCUGUGCAUGCUGGCGUUAGCCGUGGUGCUCAAGCAGCUGCUCAGCUCAGCCGUGCAGGACAUGAACUGCGUGCGCAGCCGUCAGCGCAUAGACAUUCUGAAAAGCGGAGGCUUGUCUGACGUGCUGGUCGUGCUCCUCACUGGACUUUCCUUGCUCAUCUGUGGAGCUGUGUUGCUCAACGUGGCUCUGGGGUACCACAUGCCCAAACCGGGCCAGGCUCUCAAUGAUAUGUUUAUAUCAGGAGUGGUGUUGUUGGCAGGUGGAGGGUUCACGGUGGUGGCUGUCACCGUUUACUCGAUUGUGGUUUUCCUCUUGGCGAGGAUAAGACCAGAGCGGAGAUUGAGAGACAGAAUGCUGGGAAUUUUCACUGUUUCGGGGCAGAUGCGUUCCCGACGGGAGACAGCAUCAAGCCUGGCACAACUCAUAUGAUUCGUAUGGAAUUCUAUAUAUCAUAUAUAUGGCUUGGACAAAGAAUCUAUAAAGAAAAACCGGGCUGUUUAAACUUUUAUUUUCCUCCAAAAGUGGGCCUGCACUCCAAGAAGAAACACAGCCACUCGUGAAUAUUUUGCACAGAUUGAUUGAUGAAUGUAUAAAACUACAGCAACGAUGGUACAAAACACAUACUGUAUUAUUAUCUGUCUUUUAUUGCGUGUACACAUACUGUCCUCACUGUGCUCUGAAGGGUGACAUGGGCGAGACCAGAUUUCCUCACAGCUCCAAAGCCUUUUUAUCGUUCUGCAUUGUCCAGUUUUACACAGACCAACAAAAUAAUGAAUUCUUUUUUAGAAAAAACAUGUUGGUUCCUCACAGCACAACCAUGUUAAUGAGCUUCACCAAACAUCAAUUCACCAUCUGUGGGGAAUUGACUGUGUGUCCUUCACACGUUUAUUUAUGUGGGCGAAGAGGCGUGUCCCAAAUGGAGCUCCAUCUGGACCUUGCUUGUCAGAACUGUUUAAUGUGUAUUAGAACGUAUCACAGCCGUGUCAGUUUGCAUGUUUGUGAUUUCAUACCCUGACCUCUCGGCGGCUCGGCGAGAGCAGUACACACUGUGGAUCAAAUAACACCGGCUCUCCAUCACCCCAAAAAAGAAAAAAGAGCCGAAGACGCUGAUCGCAUCUGAUUGUAUUUUAAAUGACAGCUGUUUAUUAUUAUCUCUCAGCACUUUUAUCGACUUUCAAGUCAUUUAAUAUACCAUAAGCACAUUUGUAAUCCUACUGCAUACAGUAACUCUUGAUCAAGCUGGAGGGCUGAUUAAAAAGUGUUCGGAAUCGAGAUCGAGUGUGUACGAGCAAAAGAAAAAAGUUCUCCAAGAUUUUUAUUUUAAAGGCCAGAAUGUAAUAUGCUAUUGCAUUAUGGAUAUCUUACUACAUAAUUAGAGUGUCAGAUGGAUUAAUUUAAAGUGUGAAUUAAAAUUGACCAAAACGUUUUAUUAGAAAAAAAUCUAUAUAUAAAUAAAUAAAAUGAUGGUUAAAUAUGAAGAAUUCUCAUGAAUUACACAUGUUCAAUGUUAGUAUCAUUAUUAAUAUGAUAUACAGUGUUGAAUGUUUAGGAAUUAUUGAAAUUAAUUCAUUUUAUUCUUCCAUAAAUGUUUUUAUUUUCCUGUUUUUUUUUUUUGUUUUGUUUUUUUGUAAAAAUGGAUG